CGGCCGUGUCACCCCACCGGGCUCUUCCCGUGACUCUGCGCCGGCUGCUUUUUGCUGUGAUGCUCUAGACCCAGGACUCUAGAUCCCUUAUUUCUGCGUAGGGACAAGACGGGGCUGUGGAUGCUCUGACUCCCUGCUCGCCCCGCGUGGGUGCCCAGGCGCGGCAGGAUGCGGCGCCGGCUGCAGACGCUCGUCCAAAGGAAAUUUAAAGUUGUCCUCCUCCUCCUUCUGCUCUUGGCCCUCCUGCUGCACCUGGCGAUGGAUUUAGCUCUCCCCACGGCUCGCAGGCUCUGGAGCUGUGAUGGGAAAGCACCAAAAGCCUCGGGUGCCGUGUCAGGCAGCCCCUUGCUGGCUGGCCCCAAAAAGCUGAGCCUGCGGAUCCUCCAGGACUUCAGCGGCAGCAAUGGCUCCUUGGAGAAAAGCUCCCACCCUCAGGCAGCGGGAGUAAAGGAUCCAGGGGCCCAGCACCAGCGUGGAAACGUGAAUCAGGCACGGACCAAGGGAUCCAAGCUGGCCGCGCUGUUUGAGCAUCCCCUUUAUAACAUCCCCAUGCCGGAGGUGACGGACAAAGACAAGCUGUUCGUCGUCAACCCCAUGGAGAAGUUCAGCCUGCAAAGCAGCGGGAGCGACGAAUGGGUCAGCAGCAGUAAAGCCGAGACGAUCCUCCCGACAGGGAAGACGGCCUACGACACCUACCCUGCCUGGCUCAAAUUCCACGUCGGCAUCAACCGCUACGAGCUGUACCCCCGCCGGGACCCCCUGAUGCCCACCCUCCUCCGGGACCUGGCCACCAUGAGGAUCGUCAGCUCGGUGCAGAAGUCCGGUGGGACCCAGCUGAAGCUCAUCAUGACCUUCCCGAAUUACGGGCAGGCCCUCUUCAAGCCCAUGAAGUGAGUAGCACCUUGCUCCGGGCCCCAAAACUGGGUGGCCCCCUUCUCCUCGCCUUCCCCAGCGCGGCUGGCGGCAGGCUGGGUGCAGCUCGUGAUGGGGUAGUGACCUCCAGUGGUGGGAAGGAGAAGAAGGAGGUCCAUGAGGACCACUUCCCAGCCUGUGUCCGGGUGGGAUCUGGGGCCUCAACAU